CCUCCGCUCCCAAUUCGCCAGCUCCGAACGCCGCCGCCUCCUCACUCUCCUUCCUCCCCUGCCUCGCUACCCAUCCAUCUUACCAUGGAUUCCUCGAGGGGCCCCGCGAGCUUCUCCACGCAGGCCAACGCCCUCCUCCGCAAGAACCUCUGCGUCCAGAAACGGAACCUCAAGACAAACAUUGGCAUCACCUUCUUCCCGAUCCUCAUUUGCGUCCUGCUCGUCAUGCUCCAGAACAUCAUCAACAGCGAGCUCGACAAGCCCAAGUACCAAUGCGGCUGUGUCUGCGUUGAGACCAGCGGAGAUGGAAAGUGCGCGACGAAAGAGUGUGGCAUCCAGUACUCGACACUGGAGCAGGUUGGGGGCUGCUCGAUUCCCAGCCCACCACGGUGGCCGGCCCUGAUUCAAGUCCCCCGUCCCGAUUUCCGGGCUGUCAGGACAUCUACCCUGCCAUUCAAUGAUUUGCCUGAUCCAUCAUGCCGUGACUCCUGGUCUUGCCCUGCCACCGUCCUUGUCACUGGAAAGGACAAAGCAGUCGCAGAAGUUAUUUCAAGAGGGCUAUUUCCUGCCCUUUCUCCCUCUUUGAAUGCAACCGAUUUUCUUGAUGUCCUCUCCAAGAUAGUUGCUGGAUCAGACACACAGCCAUGGCCCACACAAUUGCUAGAGCCUGCGUUUUUCUCUGGACAUAUUUUUUAUCUGAUCCAGUCUGAGUGCCUACCCUUCAUGUCACAGACCAUUUCAUAUAAUACCGGGGGCAUACCCUUUCAGCUCUAUAUACAGUGUGUUGAAGGUGUCUCGUUAUGGCGUGAAAGUGCAUCAAUUAUCAACAAUGAAUUCUUAAAGGGUUAUAGACAAAGAGGAGAAACGAACGAAUUUAUUGCAGGUUAUGACUUCUUGGGCACAACGGAGUAUGGCCUUGGUGUAAAUGUUUGGUACAACUCUACUUACAACGAUAACACUGCAUAUUCAUUUAUCGCAACAUUACGGGUUCCACGCUUGGUGAAUGCAGUAUCCAAUGCUUAUCUCAAAUUUAUCAAAGGAAUUGGGGUAGAAAUGCUACUUGAGUUUGUAAAAGAUAUGCCCAAAGUUGGGACGAGUUUUCAGCUUGAUCUGUCAUCUCUUCUCAGUGUGUUAUUCUUCACCUGGAUCAUCGAACUGCUUUUCCCCGUUAUGUUGACAUAUCUAGUGUACGAGAAGCAGCAGAAGCUAAAAAUUAUGAUGAAAAUGCAUGGCCUGAAGGACGUGCCUUACUGGCUGAUAUCUUAUUCUUAUUUCUUUGCUCUAUCAGUUAUCUAUAUGUUAUUCUUUGUGAUUUUUGGCUCCUUGAUAGGUCUCAAUUUUUUCAGAGUCAAUGAAUACAACAUACAAUUUGUAUUUUUCUUCAUCUGUAUACAUUUACAGAUCGCAAUUGCAUUUUUUAUGUCUUCUUUCUUUUCGUCUGUCAAGACAGCCACAGUGAUUGGUUACAUGUAUGUAUUCGGCUCUGGUUUACUAGGGGCAUUUCUUUUCCGCUUUUUUGUUGAGGAUAAAACUUUUCCCUAUGGCUGGGUAUUAGUCAUGGAGAUUGUCCCAGGAUUUUCCCUCUAUCGGGGGCUAUAUGAACUUGGUCAAUAUGCAUUGUCUGGAAGUUCUAUGGGAGCCACUGGAAUGACAUGGGAAAGUCUGAAAGAACCCAUCAACGGAAUGCGUGAUGUGUUGAUCAUCAUGAGUGUAGAAUGGGCACUAUUGCUCAUAUUAGCAUUCUAUUUGGAUCAAGCCUCUCUGUUAGGUGGUGGUGUCAGAAAAAACCCUUUAUUCUGCUUCAGAUGUGUACAGAAGAAGCGUGCACCAUCAUUGCACGAACCUAACUUUGUCCAUCAGGAUUCCAAAGUCACUCUCGAUUUGGAGAAGCCAGAUGUUGCUCAAGAAAGAAAAGUAGUUGGGCAACUUUUGAUAGAUCCCAAUGCAAACCAAGCUAUCAUCUGUGAUAACCUCAAGAAGAUUUAUCCUGGAAGGGACGGAAACCCUGACAAGCUGGCUGUUAGAGGAUUAUCUCUUGUCCUUCAAAAGGGCCAAUGCUUUGGAAUGCUUGGCCCAAACGGAGCUGGGAAAACAUCUUUCAUUAACAUGAUGAUUGGGCUCGUUAAACCUACAUCUGGUACUGCCUAUGUCCACGGAAUGGAUAUAAAUAUGGACAUGGAUAACAUAUAUACAAAUAUGGGCGUGUGCCCACAACACGACUUGCUCUGGGAAACAUUGACAGGAAAAGAACAUCUGUUCUUUUAUGGCAGGUUGAAGAAUCUUAAAGGCGCUGCAUUAGUGAAGGCUGUUGACGACUCACUGAAGAGUGUAAAUCUAUUUCACAGUAAUGUUGGCGAUAAGCAAGUGCAGAAGUACAGUGGAGGCAUGAAAAGAAGGCUUAGUGUGGCAAUCUCAUUAAUCGGGGACCCUAAAGUUGUGUUCAUGGAUGAGCCAAGCACGGGACUAGAUCCAGCAUCAAGAAAUAACCUGUGGAAUGUUGUGAAGGAGGCCAAGAGAAACCGUGCAAUAAUUCUUACUACACACUCAAUGGAAGAGGCAGAGGUAUUGUGUGAUCGGCUUGGCAUCUUUGUUGAUGGCAGUUUCCACUGCCUUGGAAACCCUAAAGAGCUAAAGGGAAGAUAUGGGGGCACAUACAUAUUCACAAUGACAACAUCUCCUGACCAAGAACAGGAGGUUGAACAGCUAGUCCAUCAAUUCUCGCCCAGUGCAAACAAAAUCUACCACCUCUCUGGAACUCAGAAGUUUGAGCUGCCGAAGCAGGAGGUGAGAAUAGCCCAAGUUUUUCAUGCAGUUGAGAAUGCGAAGACCCACCUCACCAUACAUGCCUGGGGUCUAGUUGACACUACCUUGGAGGAUGUCUUCAUCAAGGUUGCCAGAGGAGCACAAGCAUUCAAUGAGUUUGCGUAGAUAAUAGUACAUGAUGUGACUGCAUAGAUAAUCUUGUGAUUUUGUAGGUGGCUAUUCUUUUCAUUUGUGAGAGCAAUUCUUCUGUAGAAAAUUUGUUCUAUAUGCUGGUUUUAUGUGGUUGUACAGAAAUAUAUUAUUGAUAAUGCCAUUGCAGAAUAGAAAUAAUUACCCAGUUGUGUUCAGCA